AUGAUGAAAAGAAACUUGAAAUUAGACUUAAUAAUCUCUGAUGAUGAUAUCAAGAAUAAUAAGAAAUCAUAAAGUAACAAUCAAAGCCCAAAAUAAGAUUACAAUGAUUAGGAAGAGAGUAAAAAGCAAUCUUCAGUAGCAGAUGAUGAUGGCUAAUCUGAUAGUAAAAAUAAGAAAUCUAAAGGAGCAGGAGUUUAAAUAAAAAGGCCUUAAUUAAGUAUUCAGAAUGUUGAAUCCAAUAAUUAGAGCAAGGAAGAUCUUAGCAUUUCAAACUAUAACUCAGCAGCUGAUAAAUAAAAACAAUAAACUCAAGAGUAAAAGAAAGGAAUAAAUAAAAAUAACCUAGUCUUGGACCAGAGUGUGGAACUUGGCUCGAUGUCAUGUGAACUUGAUAGUGAAGGUCUAAAAGUUAUGAGAGAAGAUUACGAAAUCGGCAGAGAAGGAAUGAGAAACAUAUCUACUGGCUAGAUAAUAGUGGGUAAUUUAGCGAAGGAGGAUCUGGAUAUCCAAGAAGUUAUAGGAAAUGGAGCUAGUGGAUAUGUGUAUAAAGCUCUUCAUAAACCAUCGGGACGAUAUUUGGCUAUAAAAUCAAUCAAUGCUUUUGAUAAAGGGAAACGCCAUUAGCUGAUUAAUGAUCUCAGAUCUCUAUCAAAGAACUCAUGCCCUUUUCUAGUUGAAUUUUGUGGUGCUUUAUAUGAGGAAGGAGCUGUAAAGGUUGCUUUGGAAUAUAUGAAUAUGGGAAGUUUAAAGAGUAUUAUAAAACUUGCAAAGAAAAAUCCAGAUUGGUAGCAGGGCCAUGCAUUAAUACCAGAACCUAUACUGUCAAAGUUAGUACAGUAAAUUCUAUGUGGUCUCUCCUAUUUGAAUAUUUGCAAAAAACAGAUGCAUCGAGAUAUUAAGCCAGAUAAUAUAUUGGUAAAUACAUAAGGAGUUGCUAAACUAACAGACUUUGGAAUAGCUACAGAACUAGAUGAAACAGGUGGAUUAGCCAAGACAUUUGUUGGGACUCUCACCUAUAUGAGCCCAGAAAGAAUGGAAGGAGAAAACUAUUCAGCGAAAGGAGAUAUAUGGAGUCUUGGGAUUGUAAUAGUUGAGAUGAUAACUGGUGAGUUUCCCUAUCCAGAGACAAGAGAUUUCUUAGAGAUGCAUAAUUUGAUAGCGAAUAAACCCAGUCCUAAUGUUCCUAAAAAUGGAAAUUUCAGUGAUGAAUUAUUUGAUUUUGUUGAUAAAUGUCUGCUAAAAUUACCUGAGGACAGGGCUUCCAGUAUUUAGCUUUUGGCUCAUCCUUGGAUAUUGAAGUACUCGUAAAGUGAUGCGAAAAUAGCACAAUAUUUUCAAGUUUUAAAAUAAUACGAAGAAUUGUGA